AUGUCGCACCAAAAAAGCAGCAUAAGCCAGCAUUCCACAUGCCAUUACAGCAAUGACCUGGAAGAAUUGACUGAUGCGGACAUCAUCAAACAGGUGAACGAGCUAAAACAGAAUAUACGAAUACUGAGCUUGGAAAACGAAGUGCUCGAACGAACUAUAUUGAGGUUGGAACCGAGUUUGAUGCAUGGCAUACAACAGGCAUUGGAAUAUGCAGCGAAAAUGCAGAGUAAUUCGUCCUUGAAUGUAGGAAGCUUCGUCAAAUCACAGACUUCGAAAUACGGAAUGGAAUCCUUGGUUAGUCCAUCAAGAAUGAUUGCUAGCCCAUCGAGGGUAUCAACUAGACGUGUGGAAUCAUCCGCAAAAGUCAGCGGAACAGUCAUAAUAGGCAGCGGGCCGAAAGUCAAUAUAUUGGAGCGUUCAGAACUAGUGUCCAUCGAAAUGGAAAUAUUAAUAAAGAAUCUAGAAAGAUCUAGAAAAAAAGCUGCCAAACAACACGCUUUAUUAAAAGCUCAGCUAGAAGAAAUAGGCGUUCGUGAAGCGGAUAUUAUACGAGCGACUGAAUUCUUUAAUCAAGACGUCAUAAUAAACGGCUGGGACAGAAUAGCUCAAAGAAUCCCCGCUGAGAUAUGGAUUAGGUUCAUGAUGGAGUGGGUCAAGAUCGCUGACACGCAAAUAGGGAAGUUACGACUCCGAACUAGCACGCUCAACACACAGUACAGCAAAUUGAAAGGUCAAAUCAAGGUCAAAGCGGAAUUAAGCGAGUGUCUCAGAUCCGUGGACUUUGAAAAACUGAAAAUAGAGAACAAAGAAUGCGUUGAAACUAUAGAAUACAAGCUACACCAGUUGGGAGAAUUGAAAAAGAUGACGGGAGACGCGAACUUGAAUCUAACUAUACAUAAAAAGGCUAUGAUGGAGCAAAACACGUAUCUGACUAACGUAUUAAACUCCAUACAAGAAAAACAGAAGCAGGCUGUACAGUGCGACAAAGAGAAAGACGUUAUAGAAGCAGAGGCGGAGAAAUUAGUGCAGAGGCUACACGAGGUGAGGACUGUACGUGCGGCGUAUGAGGUACCAGAUGUUAUGGACUAUGUCAACGUUAAAUCAGAGGUCACUGACCUUAGACACAGCAUCAAGCUUUUAGAGAAUAGGUUCCGCAUACAACAGAUAGCAUUGACCUCGCUGAAUAAGAAACUCAAAACUAUAUACUCUAGUGUUUGA